ACCCUUCAAAGGGUCAAAUUAUUAGAUAGAUAACCAUUUGUCUGCAAACACUUGAUGUUCUAAGAACUGUAGGUAAUUAUUCCGUGAACACGUGCAUAUAAAUGAAGCUCUCCGUGCGUGUACGAGGUGAUUGGUUCGCUGUCCCCUGUAAAGGGACUGAGAAAGUCACGUGGCUUGGGGAGGAAUCUUUAAGGAGGUACUAUAAAUCUAAGUCUGGGGUGGGGCAUGCUCUUAAGGAGAAAGUCUAUGAGGUUCGGAAAGCUAAGGGAGCCGCCAUCUUGGAUCCUGAUGACGCAAUAAGAGAUGUCCUGGACGAAAAUGAUUUCGUCACUGUCGUUCUUGACAGCGAUAUAUCAAGUCCGGUAACGGGACCAGCCGAGCCGGUUUACGUAGAAGAGAAAAUUGCAAAAACUAGUGUGGAAUCUGCAACCGAGUACAUUGCUUUAGAUGGUAACAGUUUAUCAACCGAUGACCUACUGAGGUUAGGGAAAGGUCAUUACCUGAUAAAGCUGACAGUAGAAGCAGAACAAAACGUCAAUAAAGCUAGAAAGCUUCUGGACGACAUUGUGAGCAGCAAUAAAGUUGUUUAUGGAAUAACAACUGGCUUUGGGAAAUUUGCAAGAACCACAAUUGAGAAAAACAAACUAAUUGAACUUCAAGAAAAUGUGAUUCGUUCUCAUGCAGCAGGCGUUGGUCCACCGUUGUCACCUGAACGGACUCGCAUGUUGCUGGCAUUACGAAUUAAUGUUCUGGCAAAAGGCUACAGUGGAAUAUCCAUGGAAACUCUGAAGCAGUAUAUUGCAGCAUUUAAUGCUAACUGUUUGCCAUGGGUGCCAGAGAAGGGGACUGUUGGUGCCAGUGGCGAUUUGGCGCCAUUAUCACAUCUAGCGCUAGGGAUGAUGGGAGAAGGAAAAAUGUGGAGCCCUCAAAGUGGCUGGGCAGACGCUAAAUAUGUUUUAGAAUCAAACAAAUUGACACCUAUAAAACUUGGACCCAAAGAAGGCAUAGCUUUAAUUAACGGAACUCAGCUGAUCACUGCACUCGGUGUUGAAGGACUUGAGCGGGCAGAGGCAAUAGUGAGACAAGCAGACAUUGUAGCUGCUUUUACUUUGGACGUUCUGAAAGGAACUACAAGAGCAUUUGAUAGCAAUAUCCAUGACGUUCGACCACAUAAAGGACAGAAGUUGGUGGCCAGGCGCCUUCGCUCUCUCCUUCAUUCUGACACACAUCCGUCCGGAAUAGCAGAGAGCCAUCGCUUUUGUAACCGAGUUCAAGAUGCCUACACAUUGCGAUGUUGCCCACAGGUACACGGAGUAGUAAAUGACACACUGGCCUUUGUCAGAAGCAUACUUUCGGUGGAAGUCAAUAGUGCCACUGACAACCCUAUGGUAUUUGCAGAAACAGGAGAAAUCAUAUCUGGUGGAAAUUUUCACGGCGAAUAUCCCGCUAAGGCUCUAGACUACCUGGCUAUUGGAGUACAUGAAAUCGCAAAUAUGAGCGAGAGAAGGAUAGAGAGGCUUGUCAAUCCGGCCUACAGUGAGUUGGAUGCCUUUCUGACCCCGGACGGAGGUUUGAAUUCUGGAUUUAUGAUUGCACACUGUACAGCAGCCGCAUUAGUGUCUGAAAAUAAAGUGUUGUGUCACCCGGCCUCGAUCGACUCUUUAACGACGAGCGCGGGAACUGAGGAUCACGUGUCUAUGGGCGGAUUUGCCGCCAGGAAAUGUCUUCGUGUUGUAGAACACGUGGAGCAAGUGUUGGCCAUAGAGCUUCUUGCUGCUUGUCAAGCCAUUGAGUUUUUGAGACCAUUGACAACAACACCCCCGCUAGAAGAAGUGUAUAAACUUGUCAGAAAGUUAGCAGGUCCAUGGAAAAAAGACAGAUUCAUGGCUCCAGAUAUAGAUGCUGUCACAAAACUGCUGCAAGAAGAGACUGUUUGGAGGAAAGUAAAGCCUUUUAUGGAUAAUUACCAUGCUCAGCAGGAUAUCGAAACAAGGGUUUUCUCCCCUACAUCAAGUUUCUCUGCUGAAGCGCCAUCUGUUGCCAAAAGACGUAAAACCAGCAGUAUGUCCCGACCACGAUAAUCCUACCAAAGUUGCCAUCCAA